CCGGGGCGAUAUUGACGUAGGCGGUGACGUAAACGUGUAGGAAUUGACCGUGAUGAAAAAUUAUUAACUAGGUGACUGUGGUUUUAUUUACUUUCCGCCCUGUCACGAUUAAACUCGAGCAUUCGGUUGGUUUUCUGUGGAAACAAUAAUGGACAGCAACAAAGACGAGGCGGAACGAUGCCUAGAGUUUGCCGAGCAGUUUAUUAUCGAGGGAAAAUGUGACAAGGCCGAGAAAUUCAUACAAAAAGCUCAGAGGCUCUUUCCAACGAAAAAAGCUGAGGAUCUGUUAGUGAAGCUAUCAAUGAAUUCAAAGCAAAAUCAAAAAUCUGAAGGCGAACCUGAUCUUAGGAAGCGUCAAACUGCCUCCAAGGAUGGCAGCCAGUCUCAUCAGAAUAGCAAUGACUUCAGCAAGGACCAAAUAGAUGCUGUCAAAAAAAUCAAGAAAUGUAAAGAUUACUACGAAAUUCUUGGUGUAACUAAAGAUGCAACAGACGGAGAUAUUAAAAAGGCCUAUAAAAAAUUAGCCCUCCAGUUACACCCUGACAAAAAUAAAGCUCCUGGGGCUGCCGAGGCUUUUAAAGCAAUUGGUAACGCUGUCGCAGUCCUUACAGAUCCUGAAAAAAGGAAACAAUAUGAUCUAUAUGGCUCUGAGGAAGAAAGGUUACAGAACGCACACAGUCGGCAAACCCAUACUCACUACAAUUACACUCGUGGUUUCGAAGCUGACAUUACUGCUGAAGAACUUUUCAACAUGUUCUUCGGUGGUGGUUUACCACAACAAAAUGUCUAUGUCAGGCGAGGUGGGGGGCGGUGGGCUCGGCAAACUGAUGCUCAAGCGCAACAUACCCAUGCGCAGCAAGCAAACGGUUACACGGCAUUCCUUCAAAUGUUGCCUAUACUACUUUUAAUCGUUCUGUCAAUGAUGAGCAGCUUCUUUAUUUCUGAUCCAGUGUACAGUUUGCACUCGAACGCUAAAUAUUCCAUUAAACGGACAACCCAAAGUUUGAAAGUACCUUAUUACGUGAAAGAAAAUUUCCAUAGCGAGUAUCAAGGCAGUCUACGGAGAUUAGAAAUAUCUGUUGAGGAAGAAUAUAUGAAUAAUCUCAGACAAGCCUGUUAUCGAGAGAAGAACUACAAAGAAACAAUGAUAUGGAAAGCACAGAAUUUUGCUGAUAGAGAGUUACUCCGGCGAGCGCAAAACAUUGAUACACCGUCAUGUAAAAAAUUGCAGGAGAUGCAAACAGCAUAGUACUGAUGAUUAUUUUACAAAUAAUAAGUGAUUUCAUUUUUUGUAGAUAGAUGUAUAUUAUCUUUGCAUUUGUAAAAUGUAUCGGAUGCAAGAAAAACGAAAGACAGAGCCAAGUGCAGCAUUUUUACAAAAUCCAUACUUGAUACAUGAAUUUAUAAAUUUCCACUUGAGAACAGGCAGAAUGGAUGUGAAUUGACGUUUUAUUGUUAGGACGUCAUUCAUAACCUUAAGCUUUUCACCAAUAUUCUUCACAGGUAUUCUUUUUUCUGGAUGUAAUAAAUCUAACUUAAACCAUGUUUUACCAAUUUAUAUGUGUAUGAAAAAGCUAUUUAUUCAAAUUCUUGUCAGUUAAAAUCGUGCACCAAAAAUCUAUGUAUAUUAUGAAAAAAAAAACAUUUUUUAUUAUCGUAAUUGAAUGCGACAAUUAGCUUUUCUCAUAAAUACGGAUGCAAUUCACCGUACACUUCAUUAGUCGAAUUUAUGGCAAAAAUUUUUAUCAAGAAUUAGUAUUUAUUUAGUACCUCGUAAAACGUGUUGUUAAAUAUAGUUACUAUGUUACUCUGGUUUGUAAAGAGAGUGCUCAAUCAAUGCAACUAGCGGAGUAGAGAUUGUCCUUGCCAUUUUCAAACCAUGCAUAAAUUCAAUGAAAAACAAUUUUAGAGCGUCACUGGUUGAUGAUAAAUUAUAGAAAACGAUUUGAUGGUACAUUGGUAUUAAGAAUGUCAAAGGCGCAUUUAGUGUCUUGAAUCACUGAAAAAAAUGGAAGAAAACUAUGUAAGACUUUUAAUAUACUCAGAGAUUAAUUUAUUUAUUUUGAGUCCGCGAAAAUAUUUACUUGUAUCGAUAAAUCAUAAUUUCCUAAAGAUCCUAGAAUAAAACUCAAAUAUAUCAACUUAAUCUGAAACGAUUUCUGUUCGUGCAGUGGUUCUAUAAAACUGCUUCAACUUUAUAACUAGUAUUUAAUUUACAAUAAGAUACUGGUAUGAUGUGCAAGUCGUAAUUAAAAUGAAGGAGCUGAAACGUUCUACAAAAAGUGUUUAAAGUUGCAUUUAUUAAUAGGUAAUACUACAUCAGUUGAAGUAUAGAAUGAACACACUUCUGUUGCCAUGUGUGACAAAACUUCCAUCCAAAUGUAUCAAUCUCAUUAUGUUGAACUUAAAUUCUUCAUAGCUUUAUAAAAUUAUUCUAAACGUAUUGGAAAAUGAAAUGAUACUACUAACUCGAUAAUUAGUAUGCGAAUACAACUAAAAUAAAAGUCAAUUUCGUGUUAA